UAGAAAAGCUACCAAAGAGAAAACAAAAAAAGUACCAAUUAAAGACAAAGUGAAUGAUGAAGAAAAUGAUAAAGCCAAAAGAGAGAAACAAGCCAAAAAAGAGUUAGAAGAAGUAUACAACCUUAGAAGAGAGAGAUCUGUACAAGAUAACAAAAGAAAAACACUUUCUAAAGAAAGAAAGAAUUCUAAUAGCAGUCAACAAACAGAAACAAAAGCAAUGAAUAAUAUCAGAAAU